AUGACAUAUAAAAUUUUUGAAAAGAUUUUAGAAAAAAAUGGAGUUAUUAAGAUCAGUCCUAAUAAAGGAGAAGAUUUUAAUAAAAAUGAUCAUGAAAGUUCUGAAAAUAUAAGAGUAAAUGAAAAUUCGAAAGUAGCUGAAGUUGUUUAAACUGGUUAUAAAGUUAAUAAUAAAGUUUUAAGAUAAGCUAAAGUUGUUUUGGAUAAAUGUUAAUGA